AACCACGCCGCGUCAAAGAGAGUCUGUGCUCUGGUUGUCUCUGUGUUCUUUGAUUGUCAAAAUGCGUCGCUAAACCCAGAUAUUCAUCCUUCGUUGGUGAAAGUCACAGAGCUGCGGGGCAGAGCUGUCGACUGCUGGUUGCUGGUUCAGCGGAUUAACAUUAGCUAAGCUAGCUAACAGUAAUACUGUCAGUGGAAAGUUGAACUUGAGGUCAUCCAGCGGUUCAGCUUUGGACACAUUACAGACUCUGGAAACUAACAGAAAUGCAAGUCGAGGACGUGUUCGUGUCUGCUCCUGGGAAGGCCAUCCUCCACGGAGAGCAUGCAGUUGUUCACGGAAAGGUGGCUCUUGCUGUAAGUUUGAACCUGAGAACAUAUUUGCGACUGCAAGUCACCACCACUGGCAAAGUUUGCAUCAACCUCCCAAACAUUGACACAUUCCACUGCUGGGACCUGUCUGAACUCAGGCGGCUCAUCCAUAAUUUCCACGGUAAGCGGGACGAGGUGCAACGUCUGGAUGCUGAACUCGUGAGGAGACUUCGUGAGUUCGUCGGUGUAAACAAUGGAAACCUGGAUACUUGCAGCAUGGCCACCUUAUCCUUCCUUUACCUCUACUUCUCACUGUUUGGAUCAAGCGAGCUGCCCAGCUUGACGCUGACUGUGUGGUCCGAGCUGCCGACUGGAGCAGGACUGGGAUCAAGCGCCGCCUACUCUGUGUGUUUAGCUGCAGCUCUGCUCUGCGCAAGUGGAGCCAUUCCUGCUCCUCUCAAAGAAUGGGAUCACACUGCCAGGUGGUGUCAGGAGGACCUGGAGCUGAUCAACAGCUGGGCUUUCCAAGGGGAGAUGAUCAUCCACGGCAAUCCUUCAGGAGUGGACAACGCUGUAGGAACCUGGGGUGGCAUGCUGAGAUUCUUAGCUGGAAAGAUAAUACCACUGAGCAGGGUGCCAUUAUUAAGAAUCCUCCUCACUAACACCAAAGUACCACGUAGCACCAAGGUACUUGUUGCCAGGGUGAAGGACAAAAUUAACAAGUUUCCCUCCAUCAUGACCCCUGUGCUUGACUCUGUUGAUGCCAUCUCCUGCACUUGUGAGAAAGUCCUCUCAGAGAUGACCUGUGAGCCCAUCACAGGAGAGCACUACAAUAUUCUAGAGGAGCUCAUUGACAUCAACCAGCACCAUCUGAAUGUGAUGGGUGUGGGCCACCCUGCCCUGGACAUACUGUGCCGGGUCACGUUGGCCAAAGGGCUCCACAGCAAGCUAACGGGUGCAGGAGGAGGAGGCUGCGGCAUCACGCUCCUGAGACCAGAAACUGACUCCUUGGUUGUCCAGAGUACAGUGCAGGACUUGCGAGACUGCGGCUUUGACUGCUGGGAAACGAGUAUCGGUGGGCCAGGUGUCCAGCAGCACUCUCCCCUCUCCGUUAAGGAGGACAUUCUGGAGAUUUUAAAUCGUUAUUGAAACUCAACUGUGACUGAACAAGAGGACAAAAACGCUGUGAACUAAUAAAGCGGGCUGAGUGGACCGAGGAGCGUUGCACAGGGUGGGGCUGGACGGAGCUUCCUCAAGUAUCAAUUUCUAUAUUUUGCAGACUGAAGAAAACUCAACUUUUGAGACUAACGACAACAGCAACAAUGAACUUGUUUUGGAUGAGCAGAGUUUACAUGUAUUGUGAGGUACAAGCUCGUGUACUAAGCUCUUUGUCCACUAGAUGGCAUCAGAGUUGCACAGACGCUUUUUAUGAAACAGAAUUUACACUAAGAGACCCAUAAAAUUGAUCAGUGUGUAAGUAAAGCAUCGGCAGAAUUAAAGUGCAUUUUCUUCCAAAUGUUUAAAUCAGUAGGACCUGUCUGUCUUAAUGCAUUAGAUGAUCGCCAGCCUUUAAGUACUUUUUGCAGGCACUUUUACAUUAAAUGUUGCUGGACAACAGCAAGAAUGAAAGAGAUCUUCCUGUAGGAUUUAUUAUACUGGAUAUGAUGAUGUAGAAAAAGUCCGGAAAUAAUAAUGCAAUGACUGUAUUCAGAGAAUGAUUGACAUGUGAGGCUUCACUCUCAUGAAUUAUAAUUAUCAACACAGACGGAUGCCUUUUCAGAUUUAGUUCUGGCAUCCUCCUUUAUAUCGCUGCAUUGCUUUCUAAAGGCUGAAAUGUAAAAUUAUGCUAAAACCAAAGACUUUUCUGUUUUCUUUCAGUUCAAUUUCUUUCUCAGAGUAUUUCAAAUUUCUGUAAUAGUUUGGCGAAAUAUUAUUCUCGCUGCAGGAUUACGCUCUGUUUAUUUCUGCAGUUAAAGACUAACUGGCUGUGUUGUUUUGCUAAUAGAGGACGGGGGGAAAAGGGGGACAGCAGGAGUGUGUGUGGCCUCUACGGAGCCUCUGGAUUAGCGCCACUAUAAUGUGAAUCAACAACAAGCAGUGUCCUUCUGAGUCACACAUUUGUGCUGACACACACACACACACACACACACAUGCGCGCACACACACACAACAGCUUUUCCAAAUUCUUCUCCACCUAAUCGCUCAUCCUCCUAAGCAUUACAAAAUAUUCUGCAAAUGCCGCAGAUACAGAAGACGGAUCUGUUUAGAAUAUCCCUGAUUUGGGGAAAAGGUCAUUGUGGGAUUCGGUUGAGUUUGAAUAUCCAUUUCAUUUUCUAUUUUUUGAAUGUCAUGAAGAUUGAGUAGUACAAAUCUGGCAGUGUACGUGAAUAAACGACAUUUGUCACCCUCCCUCCU